UAAGUGUGUGUGUGUGUGAGUGUGUGUGUAAAUGGCUCCUCCUGCCACUGAAAAUCGAAAUCGGAGCUCUCGGACCGGAGCGCCUGGACAGUAAAACCUCUUCUCCGGAGCCCAGACCAAGCAGAUUCUCAGUGCAAUGCACUUUAGGCUUUUAUUUACAUUUCCCGAGCUCAGCACAGUGUAAGGAUACAGAGGAAAGGGCUGCAGCGGUGUGUGUUUUAACCAGAAACCCGUCAAAUGAACUCCGUCAGAGCGACUAACCGCAGACCCCGGCGAGUGUCGAGGCCGCGCCCGGUACCGCCGGACAGAAACAACGCAGAAAGGGAUGAGGCAGAUCCUGCCGAGAUGGUUGCAGAAGAAUCCGGUCAAGGUGCUCAAAAUAGUCCGUACCAACUUCGAAGAAAAUCUCUGUUACCGAAGAGAACAGCUUGUCCAACAAAGACUAACAUGGAGGGUGCUUCCACGUCAACAACAGAAAACUUUGGGCAUCGGGCAAAACGUGCCAGAGUGUCGGGAAAAUCACAAGAUUUGCCUGUCACCCCGGCGGAGCAGUACCUGCAGGUCAAGCUUCCGGACGAGGUGGUCCUAAAAAUCUUCUCCUAUCUGUUGGAGCAGGACCUGUGUCGAGCGGCCUGUGUGUGUAAACGAUUUAGUGAAUUAGCCAAUGACCCCAUCCUCUGGAAGAGACUCUACAUGGAGGUUUUCGAGUACACGCGUCCCAUGAUGCACCCCGAGUCUGGAAAGUUCUACCAGAUCAACCCAGAGGAGUAUGAACAGCCCAAUCCCUGGAAGGAGAGCUUCCAGCAACUGUAUAAAGGUGCUCAUGUGAAGCCUGGCUUCGCAGAACAUUUCUACAGUAACCCGGCCAGAUACAAGGGACGAGAAAACAUGCUGUAUUAUGACACCAUUGAAGACGCUCUGGGAGGGGUUCAGGAAGCCCACUUUGACGGUUUGAUAUUUGUCCACUCUGGCAUCUACACAGAUGAAUGGAUCUACAUCGAGUCGCCCAUCACGAUGAUUGGUGCUGCUCCGGGGAAAGUAGCGGAUAAAGUCAUCAUCGAGAACACUAGAGAUUCAACGUUUGUGUUCAUGGAGGGGUCAGAGGACGCGUAUGUAGGAUAUAUGACAAUAAAGUUCAAUCCUGAUGACAAAUCAGCUCAACAUCACAACGCUCAUCACUGCCUGGAGAUCACCGUCAACUGCAGCCCCAUCAUUGACCACUGCAUCAUCCGCAGUACCUGCACAGUGGGCUCUGCGGUGUGUGUCAGCGGCCAGGGAGCGUCACCCACCAUCAAACACUGUAACAUCAGUGACUGUGAGAAUGUAGGGCUCUAUAUCACGGACCACGCGCAGGGCAUUUACGAAGACAACGAGAUAUCCAAUAAUGCUCUAGCAGGGAUCUGGGUGAAAAACCACGGCAAUCCCAUCAUCAGACGGAACCACAUCCAUCACGGCAGAGAUGUCGGGGUGUUCACGUUUGACCAUGGCAUGGGCUACUUUGAAAGCUGCAACAUCCACAGGAACCGGAUAGCAGGUUUCGAGGUGAAGGCGUAUGCUAACCCUACAGUAGUGCGCUGCGAGAUCCAUCACGGACAGACGGGCGGCAUCUACGUGCACGAGAAGGGCCGAGGCCAGUUCAUCGAGAACAAGAUCUAUGCAAACAACUUUGCGGGUGUGUGGAUUACCUCAAACAGCGACCCCACGAUCAGGGGUAACGCCAUAUUUAAUGGCAACCAGGGUGGUGUUUACAUAUUCGGCGACGGCCGAGGUCUCAUCGAAGGGAACGACAUCUAUGGCAACGCUUUAGCUGGAAUCCAGAUCCGGACCAACAGCUGUCCGAUCGUCCGGCACAACAAGAUCCACGACGGACAGCAUGGAGGCAUCUAUGUGCAUGAGAAGGGUCAGGGUGUGAUCGAGGAGAACGAGGUGUACAGCAACACGCUGGCCGGUGUGUGGGUGACCACGGGCAGCACACCUGUGCUCCGCAGAAACAGGAUACACAGUGGAAAACAGGUGGGCGUUUAUUUCUAUGAUAAUGGUCACGGGGUGCUAGAAGACAACGACAUCUAUAACCACAUGUACUCUGGAGUUCAGAUCAGAACUGGCAGCAAUCCCAAAAUUAGGAGGAAUAAGAUCUGGGGUGGACAAAAUGGAGGAAUUCUUGUUUACAAUUCAGGUUUAGGCUUUAUUGAAGACAACGAGAUCUUUGACAACGCCAUGGCUGGGGUUUGGAUUAAGACCGACAGCAAUCCCACACUCCGCAGGAACAAGAUCCACGACGGGAGGGACGGAGGAAUCUGUAUAUUCAAUGGAGGACGAGGGUUGCUGGAAGAGAACGAUAUCUUCAGGAACGCCCAGGCGGGAGUCCUCAUUAGCACUAACAGUCACCCUGUGCUGCGCAAGAACAGGAUAUUCGACGGAUUUGCUGCUGGUAUUGAGAUCACAAAUCAUGCAACGGCGACUUUAGAAGGCAAUCAGAUUUUCAACAACCGCUUCGGUGGGUUGUUUCUCGCAUCUGGCGUCAACGUCACAAUGAAAGACAACAAAAUCAUGAACAAUCAGGAUGCCAUUGAGAAAGCGGUGAGCAGAGGUCAGUGCCUGUACAAGAUUUCCAGUUACACCAGCUAUCCAAUGCACGAUUUUUACAGGUGUCACACCUGUAACACCACAGACCGCAACGCCAUCUGUGUGAACUGCAUCAAGAAAUGCCAUCAAGGGCACGACGUAGAAUUUAUUAGACAUGAUAGGUUUUUCUGUGACUGCGGCGCAGGGACGUUGUCAAACCCGUGCACACUAGCCGGAGAGCCGACUCACGACACAGACACGCUGUACGAUUCGGCCCCUCCUAUAGAGUCCAACACGCUGCAGCACAACUGAAGCAGAGCGCCGGCCCGUCCCGACCUACAGACUCUGUGUGCUCAGUCCAGUGCAGAUGAGAUUACACGCUAGAAAUAAUUCAAUUUUAUUAAAAAAGAAAAAAAGAAGAAACUCUUUAAAAAAAGAAAGCAUUGUGUAAACGUGGACAGAGGAAACAUUUCUAUUUAACAAAUGCAAACACACAGUCGCUCUGCGAUCCUGUUUCUCCCUACUGUUGUUUGCAAGCGGUUGCGAUGCUCUCGGAUCACGCGCCGGGAUUCGGGAAGGUGGCGACUCAGGAUUUGUGGGAUGACGGAUGGUAAACGAGGACGGUGAAGCGUGUGGCUUGAGCCACGCACGAGAGAAACGGACCUAGAGCGAAUAGACUCACAAUGCUUCCCAUGAUGCACCUGUUCUCCAAGCAGCCGUCACCGCACUCUUGUAUAUGUACGGGGAAAAAAAAUGACCCAGCACUUCAGUUUUGGUUGUUUUUUUUAAAGACGUUAUUGAGGUUUGAUUUUAAUGCUUUCUCAUGUAGUUUUGUAUUUUCAAGCAAAAAUCUUAAAUGUACUUGAAUGUCUUUUUAUUUUAUUAAGUAUAUUAAUUUUGGGGUUGUUUAUACCUUAGAUUGCUGUAUUUGUUCUCAUGUCGCAGGAUGUAUGUUCUUUCUGUGAAAGAGAUUUGAGGAUGAAAAAAAAAAAAGAGAAAGAAACACUAAGUAUUCUCCAGCAAUGUGUUGAGUGUGAAAGGAAAGCGUCCAAGUGGGAAUGAUUUGGCCCAAGUGAUUUAAAUGUUAAUCCCCGCCCCUUUAUCCUGAUUGGAUGACAUCAGGAUAGAUUCAAAAAAGGUUACGCAAGACACCAGACUUGUGAAAGCAUAGCGUUCUCGCGCCAUUUCACUCCGAGUGAGUUGACGUGCGAGAGGAAGUGACAUUGCUGGAGAUUUUUAAGAGGCUUCUUGCUUAUUUGAAGCUCUGAGGAAUAUCUGUACAGCUUUUUUUGUGCUUUCCCCCCCCCUCCAUCCAACUGUAUUUGGUGACCGUGGGUUCUCAUACAGCCUGAAUUGUAUGCAUGUUCCAUGACAUCUAGACUUAAUAUAUUGUGAAGUACUCAAUAACCAUUAUGUAGCUGGUAGUAAUUAAUCAAAAGUUUAAUUUCCUAGUCAAAGAGGAACGUGUUACAUUUUUAAAAAUAAACUUUAUUAGAUCA